CAUCACAACACAAAACACUGGAUUUACAGAGAGAUCUUCAAUAUCCAUUCACUACCCAGAAUCAGGUCUUUUUAUUGUUGAUUGUUGAUUGAGUUUUGGAGAAAGAAAAUUAAGGAGAUGAGUCAUAUGGGGAAAGCCUGGAUAGUGGCAACAAGCAUGGGAGCAGUUGAGGCAUUGAAGGAUCAGGGCUUCUGCAGAUGGAAUUACACUAUGAGGUCACUUCACCAGCAUGCCAAGAACAACCUCAGGUCCUUUUCUCAAGCCAAGAAGCUCUCUUCUUCCUCUUCUGCCAUGGCUUCUAGCAGAGUGAGAGAAGACAAGGCAAAGAAAUCAGAGGAGUCCUUGAGGGCUGUCAUGUACUUGAGCUGUUGGGGACCCAACUGAGACCCACCAAAAAUUAGUAGAGAGUUGUAAACAUGUAUGAUGAUUUUUUUAUGUAUUUUUUUGAAAAAAAAUCAGAUUAGGUAUCAGAAAUUCAGAAUGAUUGUUUUUUGCA